AAAUAAAUAAUCCCAUUCAGCCAGUGACAGGGCGCAGGAACCGGCGGCGGUGGCUGGAAGAUUAGGACCAGCCCACCCACCCAAGCCUAAGCUAGAGAGAGAAAGAGAGAGAGAGAGAGAGAUCACGCCAGCUCAAUCGUAAAGAUAAAACAUGCCACCCGCAACAACAGCAACGCAGUACGCGCCCCCUGAUGGAGGAUGGGGCUGGGUCGUAGUCUUUGGGGCAUUCAUCUCCAUUGGAUUUUCCUAUGCAUUCCCAAAAGCCAUCACAGUGUUCUUCAAGGAAAUACAGGAGAUCUUUGGCACAUCAUAUAGUGAGAUAGCGUGGAUAUCAUCAAUCAUGUUGGCUGUCAUGUAUGCAGGAGGCCCCAUAAGCAGUGUCUUGGUGAACAAGUAUGGCAGCAGGCCAGUUAUGAUAGCUGGAGGGAUCCUGGCCUCCUUUGGAAUGGUCUCCUCUUCUUUCUGCAAUAGUGUCUUGGAGCUUUACAUAUGUGUUGGUGUGAUUGGAGGUUUAGGCUUGGCUUUUAACUUGCAGCCAGCCCUGACGAUGAUUGGCAGGUAUUUUUAUAAAAAGCGUCCCAUUGCUAAUGGACUGGCCAUGGCUGGAAGUCCGGUCUUUUUAAGUACUCUGGCACCUCUCAAUCAGUUUCUUUUUAACGCUUUUGGCUGGAAGGGGAGCUUUCUCAUUUUGGGAGGACUCCUUUUGAACUGCUGUGUGGCUGGCUCACUCAUGAGGCCUAUUGCACCGACACCUGUUGUAAAAAAAGACGUGGAGAAGGGGAAAGGAGCCUCUGCCUUGCACAACAACGACAAGAAAUCUGUUUGGCAAACCAUCAAUCAAUACUUAGAUUUAUCCCUCUUCAAACACAGAGGAUUUCUGAUUUACUUGUCUGGAAACGUGAUCAUGUUUCUUGGUUUCUUUGCCCCAAUUGUAUUUUUAGCUCCAUAUGCCAAACACAAGGGAAUCGAUGAAUAUUCUGCGGCUUUUUUACUCUCUAUCCUGGCUUUUGUAGAUAUGUUUGCUAGGCCCUCCAUGGGCCUCAUUGCAAACUCUAAAUACAUCCGUCCAAAAAUCCAAUAUUUCUUCAGUUUUGCUGUUUUGUACAAUGGGAUCUGCCACAUCAUGUGCCCAUUGGCCGAAGACUAUACUGGCCUGGUUGUGUAUGCAGUACUUUUUGGACUUGCCUUUGGCAUGGUUAGCAGUGUCCUUUUUGAGACACUGAUGGAUCUUGUUGGUGCUUCAAGGUUUUCCAGUGCUGUAGGACUCGUCACAAUUGUGGAGUGCUGCCCUGUUCUUUUAGGGCCUCCUCUGGGAGGUUUGCUUGUGGACAUAACCAAAGAUUACAAAUACAUGUAUUUUGUCUGUGGUGUAAUUGUCAUCACUGCAAGCAUCUGGCUAUUCAUUGGGAAUGCGAUCAAUUACAGACUUUUGGCAAAGGAGAAGAAAUUAGAGGAAGAAAGGCAGAGGGCACUAAAGAACGCUGAUUCCAAGGAAGUAGAACCUUUGACCCACAAAGAGAGCGAAGAAACGGUCAGCAGAUCAAGCAAACUGCAGGAUAAUCCCUCAGAAAGAGAAACUAAUAUUUAAUACAAAAAUAUGUGGUUCAGAUACUCAUAUUUAUAACUUCCAUUAGAAGUAUUUCUUCAAUGUACAGGCCAGGUUUUGUAGUAAAUAUAAUCAGUCACAAUACUCAAAGGGAAUAGGAGUUAGCAAAAAAGUAAAUAAAUAAAAAAUAAUCCAGUCAAUUAGAUCACAAUCCUGCUCCUUCCAGACAGAGAGAAAAUGGUGCAGAAGGAUUCUUCACAGAAGGGCAUUGUAAACUUUCCCUCCCACACUGCGCUGCCCCUGUAACUGUAGCGCUCUGGCUUUGCCAGGCAUGCUGCAACAUGUCCGGACAUUCAUAGCCAAACAAAAUCCUUCUGCACCUAGACUUAAAGCUGCUAGCAACCUGCACACAUCUCCCCAGGCAUGCAAGCUACUUGCAACAGGAAUGCAGAAGCAGUGUGGUGGAGAAAGGGAGAGUUAUGCUGGCAUCCUCUGAGGAGUUG